AUGAAUCACCUCACAAAGUGGGGUUAUACCGCUCCCCUUGCACGUAGGAGUUGUCCAGCCACUGCGUUGAUGCCGCCUAUAGGGACUUUUAACGCUCCCUUGGCAUCAUCUUUUCCAUCUAAUUCAAUCCGUGCUAGUUCCCAUGUCUGUCCUAAUGAAUGCAACAAAGACAGUAGCAAAUUAUCAUCAGCCGCAUUUGUCUUCUCGCUAGAUAGUAUAUUUAAAGAUGAGUCCGGAAGACGUGAUAGGCGAAGGCGUCUCAUUCCAACUAAGAAAGAUGAUAUAAAACGGCGAUCACGCAUUUCGGCUGCACAUCGAGGGAAUAAGAUUGCAACCUCAGCUCCCAUUACACCUUCUCAAAGAUCUGACCUGUCGAUCAUUGCUCGAAGGCCUAUGGGAGGUCGCACAUCACGAGAGCCAUGCUCAAACCAGAUACGAAAGCUGCGCGCCACCACUUUCGUUUCUUCGAAGUCAUGCUGUAAACCGGAUGAUUCUGAAGCUUCACACCAAAAACUAGUUAACCGUGAAACGAUCUCUGUUGACGAUCUUUCGGUCCAUCGCCUUUCAUUUGAGACCGUUUCUAGUUGGGAAUCGUCUUCUUCUAGACUUUGCUCUGCAUCGUCGGGCUCGGAUAGGGGGAAGUCGUCUGGUUUAUCCUCUUUGGAUACCGAUGAACCGCCCGGUGCGAGCCCGCGGAGGACUCCCAUGACAUCCUUUCCUUCUCAAUCAGAGCAGAUGACGUCUAAAAAGCGCGAGGAAAAUGGUGUUGGGGUUUCGAUCUGCAACCGCAAUAAGACUGGGCAUCAGGGGAAGGACAUGGCAUCCAGUCUGAGCACCCGAAUCGAAUUACUGCGGCUUACCAAUCCUUAUUGCUACGGCCAUUAUCCAUCCAAACGAGGCGUAGGGGCCUCCAGUGGCAAUACCAGUCGAGCAUCCUCGAUUUCCAUGAUGCGAUGGAAGGGUCCGGUCAAUUCGAGCGCUGAAAAGUAUCCCUCUAGGCCGCCCUUGGACUUUUCUCCAACAAAUCGAAUCACCAGUAUUCUAUCGCCUUCGGGGAGUGAUCUGAGCAUUUUUAUCGCUUCCCCAAACGGGAAGAAAGGGAAAGUUCGUCCAGUUGCAGAAACUCUUGAAGCCGCACGUUCCGCACCGAGCGCGGCUCGUGUGGCUCCUCCAUCCGACGCGUCCACGAUAUUCACGGCUGAAAAUCGAGACUGCGAAAACGAAGAAUCUACGGCAGCAGGACUUUCCGAGGGAGUGCGGACCACCCGAAGUCAAUUCUCCACGAAACAAGUCCUCCAACCGUCGUUUCGUAAAGGGUUUCCCCUCAGAAGUGCGAGGGUUGUGCGUGAACGUCAUGCCAACGAAAGGGAUCAGAAAAAAAAUCGUGUCACAGCCCAGGAUCCCGAGUUCACAGACAUCUUGGCGGGGGCCUGCGUUGUGGAAAGCUCCCAACCCACCGCUCGAUCGAUGAUGCGGAACGAAACUACGCAUCCCAUGGAUAUGGAGGUAUCCAUUUCUGUAGAGCGAGAGGGGAAAUUUGCACAGGGGAAGGUGCAAACUUCACCUCGCCGUUGUUCAAAGGCUGUGAAGGUUAUUCGAACGGUUUCGUUGGUUCCGCGAGGGCGAAGCGGCAACCCAAAGAGGUGUUCUCGCGGCCUACGAGUAUGGGCUGGUGUUGAGGUGCUAAAUGAUUUACAGCGGGUGUGGGAAUCCUCAAAGGAUAUUGAGGACAUUAUUUAA